AUGCACGACGGAGAUGAUGCCACCUUCGAAUGGUUGAUGAAGAAGGGCCUGAUGUGCGUGCCCAAUCCUUCCCCCAUAGUGCCUGGUGAGAAAGAUUAUGAUGCCUUUACUCGUCAUAGGAUGCAGAUGGCGUCUCACGAUGAUGUUGCUGAAGUCUGGGAAAAAGAUUUGGGAGCUACUUCGUCUAGUCUCUUGGUCUAUCCACCUUCUUCCAUUGCUCAUAUGAUGGCCAUAGCUGAUGGUUAUCAGUAUGGUUAUCCUCAACAGCGUGUUCUCGAGCUGGUGAGGAGCGAGCACUACAACCAUACCUUGUACCAGUUCUUCAAGGCGGAGGCUCUUAAGCUGGAGGCAAAGUUACGUCACAGGGAAGAAAAUUUGAAUUCCGCUGAAGAACUUCUUGCUGCUAAGGACAAGGAGAUACUGGAGCUGAAGGAAAAGUUGAAGGGGAAGCAGCAACUUGGGGCUACCGAAGCGGAGCUUCAUCAAGAAGUUGAUUCUCUUGAGGCUGAGUUGGAGAAAUAUCGGACAGAAGCGUCGUCUGUUGGUGCUUCGUCAAAAGGCGAUGCCAGAGAAUUGACGUGGCUUCGUGGUGAGAGAACUCGCCAGGCUUCCCGGAUUAAAGAGUUAGUUGCAAAUAUCAUAAAAGAGGCUGAUAAGUGGAAUGGUCGUGUCGCUCAGCAUAAUAAGUUGUUAGCGGAACACAAAAGGCAAGAUGAUCUUUUAUUUGAAAUGCGAAAUAUCCUAUCAGCCGUCCGUUCCCAAUUUAAAGGUACCUUGGAAUGGACCCGUGAAUCUCUCCAUGAUGCUCGGGAUGAGGCUUCUCGGUUGGAAGAUCUUGAAUUAGGGCUUUUUCAAGCGUGCUCGUCUCAUGACCCCGACGUUCGGGAUCAUAUGCAACAGCUCAUUCGGGAGAGAGAUGACGCCAGAGCAGAGGCACAUGCUCUUAGUAAAGCCUUGACCGAUUCUCGAGCCGAUGUUGCUCGUUUGGUGGAGUCAGAGAAAGAUCUAGAAGUUAACAUGUAUAGAUUAACUAAAGGGAUUGAGGAGAUGACUACUGAAGUUAACCGUCUUCAUCACUUGGACUCUAUGAAGCAGGUAGAGUUGGAUGAGUGUCAGUUUACCCUCAAAAAUAUUCAAAUGGAUUAUAACAAAAUUUCCGACGAGUAUGAUUUCCUUGACGAAGCUCGGGACACUGUAGUUAAUGAGUUUGAGAUAGCUUCGGCUAAUGUCGAAGAGCUCGAGGGACAACUUAGCCUUGCAAAUGAAAAGCUUAAAGAGACCCAAUCUUCCUUAGUGCAUCAGCAGGGCCAAGCCAAGUAUUAUGAAGGGCUGGCGGGAUCUCGGGACGAAGCAGCGAAGGAGGCAGCCAAGGAAGUAACCCGAUUGAAAUCUUCGUUGUCGCAGUCUGAAUUCAAAGCCACUGUUAUUGUGCACAAGGCUCGUUGUCAGCUUGCCGAGGAGGUCAACAAGACCUUAACCAAGACCAAGAUGAGUCUUCUAAAAGAUCAUGGCAUUGUUAAGAAGUACCCCCGCCGUCCUAUGCCCGAGCCUUUGACCUACACUUCCGAUCCUUCUUCGGGAGUAAGUGUCCCUUCGUCUCAGAAGAAGAACCCAGCUGGUCAUGCCGAGUCUUCCCAAGGGAAAUAG